AUGGCAAUGCAUGCCGUUUUGCAGAAGGACGCACGGCACAGCCGACAGCCUAGUCAUGCGGCAGUGGCCGGCGAGUUCGAUGAGGCGUGUUGCGCCUACCUGGCCUACCUGUCUCCAAAAUAUGCACCGAAUGAGUACCGCAUCUACAAAGAGAUGAUCCUGCGGCCACUCUCGGUGGAAUCAUUGCAGGGCCUGGUCACCAAGUGCGGGUCGGCGCGCAAGGCUCUCGAAGCCGGCCUGGUCAUGUUCAUGCAGGAGCUCCGGCACUACGUCCUGGGCUGCGAUGACAGAAAGUUCAGUCGGGCGACAAUGCGGCGCGCAAGAGGUGUAGAGUCGCAGCUUCUGGCGGUGGCUGGGUCCAUCCUCGUCGAUCCGUGGCGAGCCAACGUCCUCUCUGUCGACGACUUGCAUGGGGUGUGGCAUGGUUUUGUGGCGAUGCGUGGCUGGCGCGACUGCCGCGUACCCCAAGAGUGCCUCCUUCGCUUUCUCUCGGGGGUGCUGGGCCAGUUUGAUGAAGCCGUGGCGCAGGAGUGGAAGGAGCAUGCGCUGAAUCAGGAGCUGCCCUUGGUACAGCGGUCGAUCUCGGUGGCCGCCUGGCCUGGCCUCUGCCAGCUCCUGGGCCAGCUUCCAUCGUGCGUCACAGCAAGCGAGCUCCGCGAGGCCUUGUGGAAGCAGGCCUUCGUCGAGAACCCCACGCGAGCCCCAGACCACCGGAACUACAAGCGCUUCGCGCUGCUGGCCGCGCAGAUGAUUGCCAUCGGCGUCGAGCUGGAGUCGGAGCGUGCGGAGCUGCUGGUGCAGCAAGUGCUGAACCUGGAGAGGCCCUGGCGCGAGCGGCGCGACAUGCUGAGCGGCAUCCUUGGCGCUGCGUCCGUUGCAGACAGGCAGAAGGUGGUGCAGAACCUCGACCAGCGAUUCGAGGCACACGCAGACCUGGACGACUUCGAGAUCGUCUGUGGGAUUGCGGAGCACAUCGGCGUAGAGAUCCCAAGGGACGGCGCCAUCCGACGCUGUGCGCUGCGUCGAUGGGCCCUGGACACCAAGCGUGGUGGCGCCUUGCCUGUUUCCCGGCUCAUGGACUUCGUCGACUCGGACGCCAGCAUCGGCCAGGACGUGGCCUUCAGUCUCCGGCAGCGGGGACGGAUCGCCGAUGCUGCGAUGCUGCUAUCUCGCCUCCCCAGCGCCGAUCAGGGCAGCGAUGCAGUUGCGGGCCAGGUGGAGAUGGCCUUGGGGGACGUGGAGCUUGGCCGGCUGCAGCAGAUCUUGACCCUGAGUGACGAUGGCGCGGAGGGUGGCCAAGGAGAGCAAUGCAUCUUCGCUCCCGUCGACUCUGCGGGCUUCUUGCUGCCCUUCCGGGGACAGGCCAUCACGACAGCAGAAGAAGCCUUGGAAGCCUGCCAGCGGCUGCGCGAUGCUCCCGUGCUGGCUGUGCAGGUCUUCCGCGAGGAGGCCCCUUUCUGGCAUCGUCCGGCCAGCAUCCUGGCAGUCUGCAGCGACUCUUCUGCCGAGCUCUUUGACCUCACCUCGCUCCGUGGCGAGUCGCAGGCCAAGGUGUCGCCGGAAGAGCGCGAAGGGACAGAGACAGAGAAGGUCUCUUUGAAUCCGUUUGGCUUCCAGCGCCCGGCGGGCGCGGAGGAUCGAAUUCGCUGGCCCGACGCCGCUGCUCGCCUCCGGGCACUGUUGUCCGACCGACGCCGGCUGAAAUGCAUUUGGGGAGGAGCCCAUCAGAACACCGCAGGAGAGGAAGAGAUCAUCGAUGUCGCCUACGAACUGGGCCUCGGCAUUGCCACCACGUUAAGGCCACACGAGAAGGACCCCCUGGGCCCCGUGUUGGACACGGAGUCGCUCUUCCAGGCCUUGAUGAAGGCCGAGGAGUCGGAAGUGAAGUGGCCGUCCAUCGUCCGCCAGUUCCUGGGCUUCCGCCUCUGCUCCGAGGAGGAAGGCAGCAACUGGGCGAGGAGGCCACUGCGCUCAUCGCAGCUGCACCACAGCGCCGUACUGACGUGGACCCAGCUGCUGGCCGUGCGUGCCAUUUGUGCUCACGGCCUUGUGACAGGGCCAUUUGUGCGCUCGCACACGUGUGUACAGUGCCGACCACGGGUGUAUGGCCGUAGCCGCGGUGUGGGGAAGCAUGUACUGGGCCAGCUCGCGCCCGCUGGACGGCUGGCUGCAGAGCACGAGGCGUCGGUGGCCCAGACCCCUUGGCUCUGGAAGGGUCGCCUGGCGUCCUCCACUGGCCCUCCCGCCACCAGGGUGGUCCUUCUCAAAGGGAAGGCCGGGGAAGCCUCUGAAGCCGUGGAGAUGGUCGGCGACCUGGCGGGAAACAUGGCCCGCAUCGUUCCCCUGGGUGGGCCGUUGGACCGGGACGCUUAUGCCGGCCGCCACCACAGCAUUUGUGCGCACGGAUGGUCAGCGCCGCUCCUUCUCAUACCGCUCGCGAACUUGACAUUCGCCGUCAUGUCCAGGAUCCCUGACAAAAUUGCUGUGAGGUCGGCCGAUCUUGCCUACCUAAUCUCAGCAGGGCGGGUGGACAAGGUGGAGUACAUUCUCAAUGGCGAGCGCUGUGACAAGACCCUGCUACGAAGCUCGUCACACUUGCGGCAGGAGCUGCUGGCUGUUCCUGUUGCGCCCGCGGCUAAUGCAGUGGCAGUGUCACCACCGGCUGCAUGUCGCUUUGCCAUGCCAGGUGCUCCGCCUUUGCCGUAUCCACAGGGCCCGAUGGUUCAACCACGACCCGUGUAUGCACAGCUGCCGCAACCGCCGCAAGCCAGGCAGCCGCUGGGCGUCGGCGCAGGCCACUGGCUUCGAGUCGCGGACCUGGAGUUUGGGGAGCUCCUGGGUUCCGGCGGCUUCGGCGCAGUGCACCGCGGGCGACUGCGGGGCUCUCCCCAGGAGGUUGCCAUCAAGAAGCUGCACGUGUUGCAGGGUGGCGGUGUCUCCCAGGCGAACCUGGCGGAGUUUCAGAAGGAGGUGAACAAUCUCCAAGCCUUGAGGCACGACCGGCUCAUUCGCCUCAUCGGCGUGGCCUACGACCCACCCAUGCUGUGCAUCGUCACUGAGGCACUGCAUGGCAAGCUUCUGGGGUGUCAGCAGAGCGUGCUGCUCAGCACCUGCAAAGUGCUCUGA